AGUAUCUCCUCACUGAAGCACUAAAUUGGGUGACAGCUGUUGUGUGGGAUCACGAGUCCGGAGCGCAGAUCAUUAUAAACACACUCUCUCUUCAUCUGUUUGCUGGGUAAUUCAGGAGAGAAGCGAUGGCCCGUAAAUUGAGCAGGAAAGAGUAUCUGUCGGUCAAGGACCUGGAGAAAGUUCUGGACUCAUGUAAGUUAAACUUGCACCAAAUCGAUGAGGUCUGGCCAAACCUGUACAUCGGGAACGUAGGAAUAGCACAGAACCGAAGCGCGCUGCAGAAUCUGGGCAUCACUCACAUUCUGAACGCCGCUCACACCAAGAGAGGAAGCAUCGCGGACCAGAACUACUACGGCACUAGUUUUGUGUACUGUGGGAUCCCCGCUGACGACUCCACACACUUCGAUCUGGACGUUUACUUCAAACCGGCAGCAGAUUUCAUUCACAAAGCUCUCAGCACUCCUGACGGAAAAGUUCUGGUGCACUGCAUCAUGGGAAUGAGCCGCUCCUCGUCGCUGGUGCUGGCGUAUCUGAUGCUGUAUCACGACAUGCCUCUGCACACGGCCAUACGGCGCGUCAUCCAGAAACGAGCCAUCUAUCCCAACAGGAACUUCCUGGCUCUGCUGUUGGACCUGGACCUGCAGAGGAAGAGGAAGCACAGACGAUGUGUCCUGCUCUGAGCAAACAUGAUGAACGAUCACCAUACAUACAAGUGCUUCAAUUCUCCACAAUGAGUACCAGAACAUAGAUACAAACAAUAUGUGAAGCCUACAGUAACCUGGAGCUUGGACCAAUGAGAUCUGAUGGUGGGCGGAGCUUAUGCACAAGAAAAAGUCAUUUUCUUUUCUUAAAGGAAUAGUUUACCAUUUGUUUAAAAUGUCCUCACCCUCAAGUCAUCCAAGAUGAGUUUGUUUCUCCAUCCGUAUUAGGAAAAAAUUAAGCAUUUUAUCAAUGGAUGCUCUGCAGUGAAUGGGUGCCGUCAGAAUGAGAGUCUGAUAAAAACAUCACAAUAAUCCACAGCACUCCAGUCCAUCAGUGAACAUCUGGAGAGGACACAAGAUAAAACAAAUCCAGCAUUAAGAUAUUUUAACUAGAUUUUGUUUUAGUCUCGUCUAUUAACACACAGAGUUGUGCCCUAUGUAGAGCGUCUCAGUCGGUCACUUGUUAGGCUUCAAGCAUCCAAUGAAAGCAAUCAAGAUAUCUGACAUAGUUCAUAUUUCAGUGGGUUUUGGAUAAAUACUGUGAAUUUUGGACCUCGGUGAAAAGCUUGAACAUGCACUUCAUAUGCAAACAUAUCUAUGCACUUUCAGAGUAAUAUAUUAAUGGCAUUGAGCAGUUUAGUAAACAUACAGUCACUCACACAAACACAACACACUACCUCUUCAGGACCAUCACACACUGUACACAACAGGACCAAAACACCACAGAUUCAGAUACUGUACAUCACAUUAGGUUACACAUUUUUAAAGCUUAAAAUAAAUAUACUUUUAUUUUAUAUAUAUAUAUGUCUACAUAAAAUGCAUAACCGACUGCUUUUAAAUUACUACAGGAGAGAGUAUACAGCCUAAUAAAAUGACUAAAUAUUUUAAUAAUGAAUCAAUGACUAAACAUAUUUAAAUAUUUUAGAUAAACAUUAUUAAAACGAACACCCUUUGUCUGUUUUAUUUACUGAGACUUCGGUCAGCCUUGGGUUGUUUUAUAAUGCGCUUUUUAAAUAAAACGAUGACAUGAAAAUAAUUUAUUUUAUUAUAAUGUAUAAAAAAACAAAUAAAGAUCAUAUUGCUGUCAUGUUGAUAUGAUAUUUUACUGUACAUUUUACUUUUGCAGUUUUAUACACAAGUAAGUACAUUUGUGCUGCUGGAAAGCUGCUUUUACUGGAGUUAUGAUGCAAAAACAAAUCAGCUUUGCAUCACAAGAAUAAAUUAUAUUUUAAAGUAUAUUAAAAUGCAAAAUGGUUGUUUUCAACUGUAAUAAUAUCUCACAAUAUUACUGAUUUUUGGAACUCUAAAGAACUUUAAGAGACUUUAAAAAACAUUAAAAAUCUUCUCAACACAA